AAUCGGCGGCGGGAUGGAGCGCGGCGGAUGUUGAGGUUCUGCCGGCUGCUCCUUCGACGGAGACGCGCAGCGUGUUUUGCUCCCGCUUGCGUUCGCUUUGGGCAGCGAGCGGCUCGCCGCGCCGCCCCUCCUGGCCCUGCGCGCCGGGCCGAGAGCAUCCCGUCGGGCAUGGAUUGCAAGCUGGAGGCGCAGCGCAUCGUCAGCAUCUCGCUGGGCAAGAUGUACGGCGCGCGGGGCCAGCGCGGCGGCGUCAAGCUGCACCGGAACCUCCUGGUCUCGCUCGUCUUGCGCAGCGCCCGGCAGGUCUACCUGAGCGAGUUGGAUGGCGCGCAGGCGGCGCCUUUCCCGGCUGCUGCUCCGGGGCCGAUGGCGCCUGGUGCGGAUCCGCUCCGAGGAGGAGGACCACCUUCGAGGCUGCCCGUCUUUCCUCCCUCGCCUCCGUUUUUCCUGCAGCCGGCGGCGCUGCCUUCGGAGCGCAGGGCUCCCCCGUCGCCGCGGAACCUCGCGCCGGAUUGGGAUGCUAAUCGGCUGGCGCGGCGCUGCUGCGGCGGCUGCGGCUGCUCUUCUCCGACGGCGGAUGCCGGCAAGCAGCCGGCCGAGGCUCCCUCUCCGCCCUGCUGCCCCAGGAAGCGGGGCGCCGCUGCGCAACGAGGCGAGGGCGCGCCGUCUGGGAGCUCCCCGCUGAAGAAGCCGCGCAGGGAGCGGGAGCCGCAGAACCCCAGGCACCACGACGGCGGCGACCUGGAGACGGGCAACGUGGCCAGCCUCAUCAGUAUCUUCGGCUCCAGCUUCUCGGGACUGCUCGGCAAAAAGCCCUCGGGCGCCGGGCGGCGCCGGCGGAGGGAAGCCGAGGAAGACGACGACGACAAGGACGAGGCGUCGGCCGGAGCAGCAGCGGACGCCGAACCGGGGCCGAUCUGCUGCGACGAGUCCGUGCUGCGCAACCUCAACCCUUGGAGCACGGCCAUCGUGGCUUUCUGAACUUGCCUAUUUUCCCCGGUUGCAUAUUGGGACCGCGGGGGUGGGGGUGGGGUGGCUGCACGUUGAUCCGGGUUUGCUUCGGAUUUCAAGCGGCCCAGCUGCUCUCGAGGAGCUCCUUCCAUGCGCCACCCGUACUUUUCCCAAGGAGGGAUGCGGGCGCGACUGGACCAGGGCAAUUUGCGGCGUUUAAAACUUUGGACGGGGUGGGCUGGAGGGAUGGUUUCUCCUCCAUCCCCCCGGCUGUGAUUUUGCAGUCUGCGUGGAAGCAGCUCAGCGUUUUCCUGCCCUCCCUUCCUUUUCUCUAUCCAUCCAUCCUCCGGCCGAAGCGGUUCUGAAGGUCAUACCCUUGCCUUGUUCUCGUGCCGCGCAGAGCAUGUUCUUCCGAGCAACCCUUGGAAAGUUUGCUGUAAGAUUAGGGGGUUUUUUGGGGGGGCGAGGAUAAGCCCCUAAAGCACUAGGCUUGAAGGGCUGAGAAGGUGUGUUGGAACUGUGUUUGCAGAUCUCUUGAGGGACACUUCCCUGGGGUGAUUACUCCUAGCCUUUGUUUUAUAAAGGUUAUGGGAGAGAGGACACUUUGUACAAUAUUCUUCCUCCGGUUGAUGUGAUUUUGUAUGGCAAUUGUAAACUUCUGGCGUGUGCAACACGUAUUAAAUAUUUUGACAUUGUU